GAACCGAAAACCAUUCGACUAUCAAGUUCCGUGACCUCGAAGAGAGAAACCAAGAGAAGAAAAAACUAGCCAGACAGGUUUUAAGCUCACCUUUUUUCUUUAGAUUUCUUCUCUGCUGGCCUAUCGAGAAACCAAAACAUUCUAUAAAUCCGACUUAUUAAUGUUUACUAAAAUGGAUCCCUCAAAAUAUGAAUACAAUUCCGAGGCCAGUGGUUACCAUGCAAAUUAUAUGAGAAAUUCAAGAGCCAUAGGUGUUCUAUGGGGUGUAUUUACGAUUUGUUUUGCUAUAAUUAAUGCUGUAGUGUUUAUACAGCCACAAUGGAUUGGCGAUACACCACAAAGUCCAAGAACCGGCUACUUUGGACUGUGGCAAUCCUGCCGACAAAGCAUUGAGGAUGGGCAGGAAUUAGUUUGUCAAGGCAAAUUAGAAGACUUUGGAUCUAUUUUGUCACCCGCUUUUAAAGUGGCGACUAUUUUUAUAGGUUUAUCAGCAAUAGCAGUUGUGUUGUGUAUUCUGUGUAUGUUUCUGUUUUUCGUCUGCCAUUCGUCUACUGUUUUUCAUGUUUGUGGCUGGUUGCAGAUACUAUCUGGUGCAUGUAUGAUUGUUGGAGUCGUGUCGUUUCCAGCCGGAUGGGACUCUGAAAAAGUGAGAGAUGUUUGUGGACCAGAAGCUGACGAUUACGACAUAGGACAGUGUGGAGUUCGAUGGGCUUACAUAUUGGCAACAAUUGGUAUAUUUGAUGCAGUGAUAUUGGCAGCUUUGGCUUUCUUACUGGCAACAAGAUAUGUCAAAAUCACACCUUCAGAGCCUUUAGUUCCGAACGGUUCUAUAUACAAGGGGGAAGUAAAUAGCGCCUUCUUGGCAGACACACAGUCCGUGGCUUCAAGAAAAUCGCUAGCUCUUCAACCAGUGAUGCUAAUGCCGCAACCUCGAGACCCAGAAAGGAUAUCAGAGUUUUCACAAAGAACUGGUCGAUCGAAAGCCAGUCAUUAUACCUCCUCAGUACACAACUUCCAGCUCUAAAUGUUACCAAAUUUUUAGAUUUGAAUGAUUCUUCAUAGCGAUCAAGGUUUGAAAUCUUGAGAAAAGUAAGCGCUUUGUUUGUUGCCUGGUUAAUAAUGACUGCUAGAGAACAAAUUGUUUUAAAAAAAAUGAUUGCACUUAUUAACAAAGAACACUUAUGUUAUAUUGACAUACUUAUUUAUUUUGUCAUGUUUUAGAUAUUUUUUUUAUUGUUUUGUAAAAUACUUUUAAUAAAAUAUUUUAACCCUACUUAAUACAUCGAUGGUUUAAUUAACAGAACUGUGAUUAGAAGAAAUUUGUUUUUCAAAAGUCCUUUGCUUAGCAACGCUAGAGAAAAAUCAGAUUGCGAAGGAAUAGAUAUUUUUCUUUCUUCCAGAACAACAGAACAAAUUCAUGACAAAAAGGAGGUUUUACCUCUCGUGAUUAACGAUUAUACAUUUGAAGGUGUCAGUUAGUUCAAAUACCUAGGGACAAUUGUUAAAGUUAAUAUUGAUAUCAAAACAGAAAUUAAUAACAGGAUAACGAUGGCGUGAUUUUGGAUUGAGAAAUAAACUGAAAUCGAAGCUUAUUUCCUUUACAAUUAAAAUUAACUUAUACAAUACUCUAAUCAAACUUGUAAUACUUUCUGGUUGCGAAUAAAACCUUUAAUAAAGCUGAUGAAAAUAAACUACAAAUUUUUUGAAAGAAAAUACUGAGAGUUAUUUUCGGAGCAGUUAAAGAAAACGAUGUUUGGCAGAAAAUUUAAGCUACCAAAUAUAAUUUCAGUUAUUAAAUCCUAUAGAAAAUACAUUUUUAUACAUAUGGGUCAUUAUCUAUGGAAAGGUGGAUGGUGACCCAGUUAAGGUACUGACUUUUGAAAAGUUUACAAGCAACCGAAAAUGGAAAAGAUCGAACACCAAAUGCAUUGAUUCUUUGGAAAAAGAUCCUAAACCCAUGGGCAUCAAUAGAUGGAGAAAACUAGCGUUUGAUCGGCCAGAUGAAAAAGACUUGAUGGAACGGCUCGGACCUAUACUAUGCUGUCAUGCUGAUGGAAGAAGAACAAAAUCCAUGACUGUCAAUUUUCAUCAUUUUUGAUAAGUAUCACUGAAAAUCAUGACAAUUUUGUGCGUUAAAUAUGUUAACAUCGCAAUUAUAUUAAAAUUUUUCCAAAAAAUA